AUGGAAGCUACUCUUCUCAGCUCGCAACGCUUUCAUCCCCAACUCUUCCCAACUUUGAGAGGUUCUGUUAGUUGGGGUCCGUACUUACUUGCAGUAUUGGACGUUUUCACUAUAGUCACUAUGCGGGCAGUUGUGGUAACUGAAGGUUGCAGGAAGAUAAAGCUGCAGUACUAUGGUUUUAAGCUUGUUUCUGCUGCAAGUCUUCUUGGUUCGCCUUUCUGGGAGCAUGUUAAGGAGAUAUUGAACCCUGGCAAUUCCGUUGGUGCAGGGCCUUGGAGCAUGUUAAGGAGAUAUUAA